AUGGCCGGCAACAGCGAUACCAGAUAUUGUAAACGAUUCUCGUACGCAGUGCUAAAAUUCACCCUGUUCUUCUACGCCUGCAUCUGGUGGUUAAUAGGUGGAUUUAUCCUGGCCAUCGGCAUUUAUGCUGAGGUGGAGAGACAACGCUACAAGACACUCGAGGGAAUGUUUUUGGCCCCGGCUCUAAUCCUGAUCCUACUGGGCAUAGUUAUGUUCAUUGUUUCACUCGUUGGAGUCCUGGCUUCACUGAGGGAUAAUCUAAAACUGUUGAAAGUGUUUAUGUACACCCUGACGGUGUGUCUGAUCCUGGAGCUGCUUGGAGGGGUGUUGGCACUGGUGUUUCGUAACCAGACCGUGGAAUUACUUAACAAGAACGUUCGAAGAGGAAUAGUGAAUUAUUAUGAUGAUCUGGACUUCAAAAACAUCAUGGACUUUGUUCAGAAGAAGUUUCAGUGUUGUGGAGGUCGAGAGUUCCAAGACUGGGAGGUAAACAUGUACCACAACUGUUCUGCACCUGGUCCACUGGCCUGCGGAGUGCCGUACACCUGCUGUAUCACUAAUAAGCCAAAUGAAGUAGUAAACACUUUCUGUGGGUACAAGGUGCUGGAAAAAUCUCGACUGGAUUUGGUGGAUACCAUCCACAUUAGAGGCUGCACUGAUGCAUUCUUCAUCUGGCUGAUGGACAACUAUAAGACUAUGGCUGGGCUAUUGUUGGGGAUCCUCCUGCCACAGUUCUUUGGUGUGAUAAUCAGCUGGCUGUACAUCACUCGUGUUGAAGAUGCCAUCAGUGAGUAUGGUCACUACAUGGACGGUCUGCUGGACCAACGGGACAGAGGAAUGAGGAAGAAGGGCCGCUUGGACAAGUGGUUUAUGUGUAUGCCAGAGAUAGACUGA